AUGCUGUCAAAGCAACGGAUCAAGAUGCAGCGGGGAGCAGGCGCAGGUACCUAUGUCCGCACCUCAGCAAUCGACCAGCUCGUGAACAAGUUCCUCCUUGCCGAUCCGUCUUCUGCGAAACAGAUCGUGUCUCUCGGUGCUGGCACAGAUACGCGCUUCUUCCGCCUCAUGGACUCGUACCCCGACAUUCGUCUGGUAUACCACGAGAUCGACUUCCCUACCAACACUGUCGCAAAGAUCGCCAGCAUACAGAGGCAACCUCUCCUGUACCGGAAGCUGCUGCACAGCCCGACUGCUGCCACAUCGUAUCACUCCGAGACAUACAACAUCCAUGCGCUCGAUCUGCGCUCUCUUGCGAACUCGGCGGAAGAGACGCCGCGUCCUGACAUACCAAACCUCGACCCUGCAAUACCUACCCUGAUACUGUCCGAGAUGUGUCUAGUAUACCUACAGCCAUCUGCUGUACAGUCGAUCGUAUCGUCGCUUGUCACCCGCUACCUCCAACCCGCAACACCCGCUUCUCUCAUACUGUACGAACCUAUCUUACCACAAGACGCCUUUGGCAGGACCAUGACUUCCAACCUGAGAACCCGCAACAUUCACCUACACACAAUGACUGCGUAUCCCGAGCUUGGCGAUCAACGCGCGCGACUGAAGGGCUAUGGCUUCGAAGCAGCAGCGAGAGCGGAGGACACCAGCUAUAUUUGGCGGAACUGGGUCAGUGAAGAGGAGAAGGAGCGCGUUGCUGGUUUAGAGUUUCUGGAUGAGCUCGAGGAGCUGGAACUCCUCUUGCGACACUACUGCAUUGCUUGGGGCUGGCGAAAUGGCACGAGUGAUGUCUUCUCGAAGGCGUGGGCGGAUGAGCGCGCUGCGACCAUGUCUAGGAAGGCACUCCAGCCAUCCUUUGAUCUCUUUGGCGGCGGCGGACUUGAGGAGUCCCAAGAACCUCCUGCGAAGCGCGAACCACUACGAGAAACCUUUCGAGCCACAUUUCGCACAUCACAGAAUGCGCCGCACACGGUCGUCCCCUCGGAUCCAGCGAACGAGGAGCUGCGCGCCCAGCUCAACACCGUGCGCUAUGAACUCGAAACAGCGAAGCACGACAUGGAAAUGAAAAAGGUGGAACAUGCGCAGGAGCUCCGCGAAGCACAAAAUCGCGCCGAUGCCGACUUUCGCAAAGCGCAGCAGGCCGAGGCAGCGAACACGGUCACGCAAAAGAAGUUCGAGACUCUGGCAAGAGACAUGUCCGAGUCGCAAACACGAGCUGCGAACGAGAAGCAAGCUCUCGAGAAGCGAUUAAGACAGAGUCAAGAAAAGGCGCAAUCGCUGCAGGAGGAGUUUGACGAGGUGCAAGAGGAGCUGGCAUCGUCGCAAAGACAAAGCGAGCACAAGUACAAUACGCUGCAGGCGGAGCACAAGGCGCUCAAGGAGAGCGUGGAGGAGAUACAGAUAGAUCUACAGUCGAAAGUGGAUGCACUGCAAACAACACAGAAGAAGCUGGGCCAGAAAGAGGAGGAGGUUGGGCAGCUCGAGGCAGAAGUACUGCGACUGAAGGCCAUCACCGGCGAUGCAGAGACGCUUGAGGUCAUCAAGAGGGAGUUGUCAGACCAAGUGAACCACAUCAAGAAGCUGGAAACCCUGACAAGGGAGCAGAAUGCGGAGCUUAAGCAGUACCGCAAACAGCACAAGGCUAUCGAGAUUGUGGAGGAGGAGAAGCGAUCUUUACAAACCAAACUGCACAACAUGGACGACAUGCAACGGCAGCUGAACGAGGCAAAUCUCCGAAAGAAGAUACUUGAAGAGGAGAGGGACUCGUGGACAUCAUAUCUUGAGGCCGAGGCCGCGAUCCAUGGCGAGCUGCAAUUCGACUCCCCCGAAGACCUUGCACGAGCUUUCAUUCAGGAACGAAUAGAAAGGACCGAGCUCCUCAACCAGCUGGGCGAGAUCAAACCAGAGCUUACCGUCAAGGAGGCCAAUAUACAGGCGCUCGAAGAUGAGAAGCAAAAGUUGCAAGCUGAGAUCCAACAACUCAAGACAUCUGGCUCUGGAAGCGCCCCAAAUGCAAACGAAGCAAAGGCUCGUGCGAGAUUGGAACGACAGAAAGCUUUAGCCAUCAAGGAACUAGAUUUCUUGCGCGCGCAAGUCAAAGCAUUCGACGAUGAAGAGCGCGAGAUGCAGCCUGAUACGUUUGAUGCGGCGAAGUCAGAACUAAUCAAGGAGCUACAAGACUCCGUUGACCAGUAUCGCAAGGAACUCGACACCCUCCAGAAAGAGUUCAACAGCAUCGAGAAGCAACCCAACUCCACCGCAGCCGGCCAAAAACGAGCUCUCGAGACAGAAGACAACGACGAACGUCUGGGCGAGCUUCGACGCAAGAACCGCCAGCUCCAAGACGACCUCACCGCGCUCCUAAAGAAGCAAAAACUCAUCGAAGCCGAGUACACCGCCCAGCACUCACAGCUCAAGAAACUCAAGGAAGCGUCCCGCACCCGCGUCCUUGAACUCAAAUCCAACCCCACCGCCGACGCCGAAGCCCUCAAACUGAGCACCGUCCGCAACCUGCGCGAAGCAAACGCCCAACUCCUCGCCCAACUCGACAACGCACGCACUCCCCCUGCGAGCGUACCGACAGCCACCCUCGAUGCCGUCCGCGACGAGCUCGAAGAACUCCGCACCCAACUCGCCUCGUCCACAAAAAAGAUCCAACGUCUCAAGCAAAUCUGGACCGCCAAGAGUCUCGAGUUCCGCGAAGCCGUGGCCUCCAUCCUCGGCUGGAAACUCGACUUCAUGCCCAACGGCCGCGUCAAGGUCACCAGCAUGUUCAAACCCGCAGACGAAGACGGCGAGAAUAGCAUCGUGUUUGACGGCGAGAAUGGCACGAUGAAAGUGAGUGGGGGCGAGCAGAGCGUGUUUGCGGGCGAGAUCCGCGAUCAGAUUGUGUAUUGGGUCGAGGGGAGGAAGGAGAUUCCGUGUUUUUUGAGCGCGUUGACGCUGGAGUUUUGGGAGAGGGGGGGUUGGGGGGGAUGA